UCUUGUUUUUCUAGAUCAUUGAAAACUGCCCUGUGACUGGUAUUGAAGUCAGGACAGAUGACUUUGGAGUCCCACGGGUGGCAGCUGUGCUGACAAAAUGGGGGGCCAUCCAGACGCCCUGUGUGGUAAACUGCUGUGGUGUGUGGGCCCAAGCCCUGGGGGAAAUGGCUGGCGUCAAGGUGCCCCUGGUGGCCAUGCACCAUGCCUACGUGGUGACAGAAAAGAUCGAGGGGAUCCAGAACAUGCCGAAUGUUCGAGACCAUGAUGCAUCCGUGUAUUUGCGUCUCCAAGGUGAUGCCCUUUCUGUGGGUGGAUAUGAGUCAAACCCGGUGUUCUGGGAGGAGGUGUUGAAUAAUUUUGCCUUUGGUCUCUUCAAUCUGGACUGGGAUGUAUUUGCACAGCAUAUUGAAGGUGCUAUCAACCGAGUCCCAGUUCUGGAGAAAACAGGAAUUAAAUCAACAGUCUGUGGUCCAGAAUCAUUUACUGCAGAUCAUAAGCCUCUCCUAGGAGAAGCACCUGAACUCCGUGGCUUUUUCCUGGGAUGUGGCUUCAACAGUGCUGGAAUGAUGCUUGGGGGCGGCUGCGGGAAGGAACUGGCCCACUGGAUUGUCCAUGGUCAUCCGGAGAAGGACAUGUUCAGCUAUGAUAUUAGGAGGUUCCACCGCUUCCUCACGGGCAACGGUCGCUGGAUCCGGGAGCGGAGCCAUGAGUCCUACGCCAAGAACUACUCCAUCGUGUUCCCCUACGAUGAGCCCCUGGCUGGGCGAAACCUGAGGAAGGACCCUCUGCAUGAGGAGCUUCUGCUUCAGGGUUGCGUCUUUCAGGAGCGACACGGGUGGGAGAGGCCAGGCUGGUUCAACCCAUUGGGCAAAGCGCCGGUGCUGGAUUAUAACUACUACGGUGCCUAUGGCCACCCUGCCCGUGAAGAGGACGCCUACCGCCAGUUGCUGUCCAAUGAGUACACCUUCGAUUUCCCACCUCAUCACAACAUUAUCAGGAAUGAAUGCUUAACCUGCCGAAACGCUCUGGCUGUGUUUGACAUGUCUUACUUUGGCAAAUUCUAUCUGGUCGGUCCCGAGGCCCGGAAGGCAGCUGACUGGCUGUUCACAGCUGACAUUCGCAAGCCCCCAGGAACAACUGUUUACACGUGCAUGCUGAACAAACACGGGGGAGUCGAGAGUGAUUUGACUGUCAGUACGAUUGACCCAGGACCCCAGGACUCAGUACUGGCACCUGCGUUUGAAGGGGAUGGCUACUACCUUGCUAUUGGGGGAGCUGCUGCCCAGUAUAACUGGUCACACCUCAGGACGGUUCUGCAGGAGAGGCAGUUUCAAUGCCAGUUGAUUGACCAGUCGGAAGAGCUGGGCAUGAUCAGCAUUCAAGGCCCCUCCAGCCGCACCGUUCUGCAGGAAGUGCUGGAUGUGGACCUCAGCAACGAGGCCUUCCCAUUCUCCACCCACCGGCUGGCAAGGGCCGCAGGCUGCACGAGCAUGGGAAAUGAACAAGGAGAGCUGGAGAUCCUCACCCAGGAAGACCAAUUCGUUGCCCUGGGCAUCACCCAAACUUGCUGGGAUGACACGUAGGAUUGGCAGACAGCCCUGGAAGGCUGGAAUUUCUUCGAAAGGAACAGACCCACCAGAAGGGGAGGGGUGUUGGGCUGCACAUUAAAAAGCCCAUGCCGGUGGGGCAGCUUACACACUGAAGCAUGGGAGUCCUGUAAAGAGCACUCAGAGGCAAAGGAGAAAUUGCAUGGGGCGAUUUUGCUCUAAAAAUUGCUCUAAAAAUUCACCUUGUAUCCUGUAGGACAGGUUACUUGCAGGACCGCUUUCUCCCAGGGUAUAUGCCUGCCCCACACACGCCAAUGGGGAGGGCACAGGUGGCAGCCCUGCCCUUAGGAAUAAUCUCCCCUUUCCCCCUACAUGGGUGCC